CCGCUCCACUGCUGGAAACGUUCUAGGGCUUCUGGUGUUUUCUAGUUAAGCGAAAGCCAUCGUUGUCAUUCCCUGGGUUUAGGGGCUAGGGUUUUUCUUCUGCUCUUGCUACCGUCUCGAGAAGAAAAGUAUUUAGAGUUGUUAGUCUCAACGCUUCAGAAAGAUGGGUUUCAACAUGCAGCCAUAUGGGAUCCAGUCGAUGCUCAAGGAGGGCCACAAGCAUCUUUCUGGCCUCGACGAAGCAGUUCUUAAGAAUAUUGAUGCCUGCAAGCAGCUUUCCACCAUCACUCGAACUUCUCUUGGUCCUAAUGGUAUGAAUAAGAUGGUUAUAAAUCAUUUGGACAAGCUAUUUGUUACAAAUGAUGCUGCCACUAUUGUAAAUGAACUUGAAGUUCAGCAUCCUGCUGCCAAGAUUUUGGUUUUAGCGGGGAAGGCUCAACAAGAGGAAAUUGGUGAUGGAGCUAAUUUAACAGUCUCCUUUGCUGGGGAGCUCCUUCAAAAUGCUGAGGAACUUAUCAGGAUGGGAUUGCACCCAAGUGAAAUCAUCAGUGGAUAUACUAAAGCAAUCAAUAAGACUGUUGAACUCUUAGGCGAAAUGGUUGAGAAAGGUUCAGAGAAUAUGGAUGUCCGUAACAAGGAGCAAGUUGUUUCUCGAAUGAGAGCUGCUGUUGCUAGCAAGCAAUUCGGUCAAGAAGAUACAAUAUGUUCACUUGUCGCAGAUGCAUGCAUCCAAGUCUGUCCAAAGAACCCGGCUAACUUUAAUGUGGACAACGUUCGAGUUGCAAAGCUCUUGGGAGGGGGACUUCAUAACAGUGCAGUUGUUCGAGGAAUGGUGUUGAAAAAUGAUGCUGUUGGGACUAUAAAGCGAGUAGAGAAAGCAAAGGUAGCUGUAUUUGUUAGUGGUGUUGACACAUCGGCAACUGAAACCAAAGGGACUGUAUUAAUUCAUUCUGCUGAGCAGCUAGAAAAUUAUUCAAAAACAGAAGAGGCUAAAGUUGAAGAGCUUAUCAAAGCAGUAGCUGAUUCAGGUGCCAAAGUGAUUGUUAGUGGAGGGGCAGUUGGAGAGAUGGCAUUGCAUUUUUGUGAGCGUUACAAGCUCAUGGUUCUUAAGAUUAGUUCAAAGUUUGAACUACGUCGAUUUUGCCGCACUACUGGAGCUGUUGCUAUACUGAAGCUUAGCCAACCAAACCCAGAUGAUCUUGGAUACGUUGAUUCUAUUUCUGUUGAGGAAAUUGGUGGUGCCAGAGUGACCAUUGUGAAGAAUGAAGAAGGUGGAAACUCUGUAUCUACUGUUGUUUUAAGAGGAAGCACUGAUAGCAUACUGGAUGAUCUUGAAAGAGCAGUUGAUGAUGGUGUUAACACUUACAAGGCCAUGUGUCGGGACAGCCGUACUGUACCUGGAGCGGCAGCAACAGAAAUUGAAUUAGCUAAAAAAGUGAAAGAAUUUUCCUUCAAAGAGACAGGAUUGGAUCAGUAUGCUAUAGCCAAAUUUGCUGAGAGUCUUGAAAUGAUUCCUACAACUCUGGCUGAGAAUGCUGGGCUAAAUGCUAUGGAGAUUAUAUCUUCUCUGUAUGCAGAACAUGCCUCAGGAAAUACCAAAGUUGGCAUUGACAUAGAAGAAGGUGUUUGUAAGGAUGCUUCAACGAUGAAUGUCUGGGAUCUCUAUGUUACGAAGUUUUUUGCCCUCAAGUAUGCUGCAGAUGCUGCGUGCACUGUACUACGAGUGGACCAGAUUAUAAUGGCAAAACCAGCUGGUGGCCCGAGGAGAGAUCAGCCUGCUGGCAUGGAUGAAGACUAAUCUUUUCCUUUUAGAACUGGCUGAUGUUUUUGUCUGUGUUGAUGAUUGGAUCUCAAAGUGGGUACUGGACUUGGUAUGGGCAUCUUGCUUUCUUUUCGAUGCCAGUGGUGGGGUUGAUGCAAAUUUUGGAUUUUGAUUUCAGUGGAUUGAUGUUGAAUGUGCCCUGUAAAUUUUAUUCAUAGUCCUCUACCUAGGGUAAUGGUGUUUGCUGGGAAUCUGGGUACUGUAGCAAUCUUAAAAAGUUGAUAAUUUAUAGGUCUCUUGGUUGCGCUG